AUGUCCUUUUUAACGAAAGUAAGAAAAACCAAGACCGCGGACUGUUGGGAUUUUGAGGCAGAACGUGUUAUAGCGCGAAGAAAGGAUAGAAAGGUGCGUGAUUGGCGAUUUUGCACUAUUUAUACUAUAAAAUAUAAAUUAUAUGCGGAACGUUUAUAACCUGUUGUUUUUAAUAUGCUACGAAAUAGCCAGUCUUGUGCUUAUUUAAAGGUGAUGUAAAGUCCGUAAUGUAAACAAACGCUUUGUUUACAUUUCGAACUCACUGCUACAGUUGUAAAAUAUGAUUAGAUAUAUAUUAUAUUGAAUUUUUAACACUUUUCUCGUUCGUUAUGCUUGUAAAUGAAUACAGACUAGAGAUUCAAUUCAAGAAAGUUCGGAAAGAGCGAAAUAUUGACAACAUUCCAAAGGUUGCUCCGCCACUGAUGGAAUGUUUUGAUGCGCAGAAUGUAUGCGCAGAACGGACUUUACCGCAUCUUUAACUUUGCUCCUGGUAGUUUUGUGGCUUAUAGCAUAAUUAUUGUUUACAUUUCAACAUACAGGGCUGUAUUAAGUACUUGGUGAAAUGGAAGGGCUAUUCGUCGUUUGAAAAUACCUGGGAGCCAGAAGAACACCUUUCACCAGCUUCUUUGAGGUAAGAUCUGGUCAAAUUCGGAUUAGUUAUGAUACCUUUUUAAAUUUGUCCUGAAAUCUUAGCAGUCAUAAAGUUGAUUUAUAUUCCCAAGGAAUCAAGUUGAUCCAAAUAAAGGGUUAAAAUGAUCAUUUUAAAAAAGUUGUUUCAGACCAAAUUUUGUUCUAAAUUAAUAGACAUAAAGCAGGCAUGGUGGAUAUGUUGGUUAUAGUUUUGAAAUAGGUAUAAUUAUACAUUUUGUGAUACAUAUUCAUCAUCUUUCCCAUAGAUAUUUUGCUAAUCCUCAUCCAGCACCAACUAUUGUGGAGGAAUGUUUAGACAGGCUAAGGGCAAUGGUGAUGGUUGCCCUAAAACACGAAUGGUCGGAACAGAAGAUAACUCUUGAGUUCAGUCAUGAUGUGUACAACUUUUUGCUUGGGGGAAAAGGCAAGCCAGCUGAGAAAAGAGGUUGGACUAUGUAUGAAGAGCAGGACUUCUCAAACUGCAAAUUUCCUGCCAAUUGGAAUUGCAUCUACGACCAGCAUGGUGAUGGUUCCACAAUGAAGUUUUCGAUAAAGAUGAGGGCAUUCUUAGGUCGCACACCUAGGAGUUUUGGAAAACAGGGAGACAGGAUUGUGGAGUUACCAAGGGCUUAUACUGAAAAGAUUUCUAUAAACUUUAUUAAAAUCAGUUCAAAUUGUUCUUAA